AUGUCAUUCCAGUUGUUUGCCUGGUGCAUGUCGUUCUUUCUCUUGCUCUGUCAGAAUGUGCAUGGCUACUACAACAUCAGUGUGAGUGGAGGGUAUGGAAGGUCUUUUGAUGGGAUUGGUGCAAUUAGUGGAGGAGGGGCUACCAGCAAACUUCUGGUCAACUACCCUCCGAAGCAAAGAGAUGAGAUACUGGACUAUCUCUUCAAGCCAAACUUUGCAGCUUCAUUGCACAUCUUGAAAGUUGAGAUUGGAGGUGAUGCCCAGUCAACUGAAAGAGACGGCACUGAAUCAUCACACAUGCAUGAAAGUUGGGAUGAGAACUAUGAAAGGGGGUACGAAUGGUGGCUGAUGGUUGAGGCCAAGAAGAGAAACCCUUCCAUCAAAAUAGCCUGCUUGCCGUGGGCUUUCCCAGGCUGGGUGGGUGAGGGCAAACCCGACCCGUACAACAGGCCCAACACUACGGCAAUGUACGUCGUUAAGUGGAUACUGGGUGCAAAGAAAUAUUACAACAUCGAUGUUGACUACGUUGGGAUCUGGAAUGAGAGAAGAUACACCACGGAAUAUGUGAAGGUCUUGAAGCAGCUGCUGUUGGCAAACAACUUGAAAAAUGUCAAGAUGGUGGUUGCCGAUGGCGACUGGUCGGUCAGUGCUGACAUCAUGAAGGACCCCGCUUUUGCUGCUGUUGUGGACGUCAUAGGGGCACACUACCCUGGAACUGAAAGCACGGAAGAUUCCCAGAAGACGAACAAAACGUUGUGGGCCUCUGAGGACUACAGUACCUUCAAUGAUGACGUAGGAGCCGGAUGUUGGGCUCGACUGCUGAACAGAAAUUAUGUGAAAGGACUUAUGACCAGCACGAUAGCCUGGAAUUUGGUGGCCAGCUAUUACGACGCACUCCCCUACACGAGAGACGGACUGAUGACUGCCAACGAACCUUGGAGUGGCUAUUAUGAGGUGGCCAACCCCAUCUGGGUCACAGCCCACACGACUCAGUUCACGAAGAUAGGAUGGAGGUACCUGAAGCAUGAGUCGGGUGUGGGUCAUUUGGAGAGGGGGGGUACCUACGUGACCCUCAUCAGCCCCGAUAACAAGGACAUCACCAUCAUCAUUGAAACCAUGACGUACAACCAUUCCAAGUGCAUCAGACCGAGAAUUCCCAAGUAUGAAGUGUUUAGCCAGCAGGCAGAGUUCUUUUUUAGUGGAAUUUUGAGCGGUGUAACGAAAUUGAAUCGCUGGAAGAGUUCCUUCAAGUACGGACUUGGUGAGAAAUCGAGUGUGUUCGUGAAGAUGGAGCCUAUUAAGGUUUCUCUUUCAAGUUUUCGCCUGUCACUGGAGCCUGAUGAAGUUUACACGCUAACAACGUUGGAGGUCGGUGUCAAAGGUCAAUACGGCAGCCCACCUCCUUCUCAGAAGUUUCCUCUACCUUACUCCGAUUCAUAUACAAACUAUCCACAUUAUUCGGAGGCCUUCAAUUUCGUGCCCCAAUGUGGAGUUUGGGAGGUCAGACCCGCCUAUGACGACCCUAAAAAUAAGGUCAACAGACAGGUGAUAAUCACCAAGCGAGAUGUGGCAGUUAGCGUGAAAAUGUUGAUACCACGUAGCAAUGGAACGACAGGUGCAUUUGUGGGCUCCAGGAUAGAUCGGGGUGGUUGUGAAGCUCUGACAGCGAAAGGAGUUUUCUUCACCAUAUUUCCUGCUGAUAGUUCUUACGCAGUUUACUGCAGACUUGAUCGUACAUGCAAGAUAACCACAGGCGUCCUGAAGGAUCCAUUGAAAUUUGAUACAUGGUACACUUUGAAAAUUGACACAAAGAAUUCCGUAUCCUCUCUCUACAUAGAUAACAAGUUGUUAAUCACAGUGAGCCUUCCUGGCACCAUUCCAAAAAAUGGUUUCGUAGGUUAUGGCACGACGAACUUCGGUAUCGCCGAUUUCGAUGAUUUGUCCGUGAUGUGA